AUGAUGUUCAGCAGCCUGCCGCAGGUGCCGCAGGAACGCAGCCAGGAGAUGCAGUCGCCAGUGAGCUCACCGGAGCUCAUCGAUCCCCGCUACAACCACAUGCGGAUUCCGGCCGCCUCAAGUCGCAUACUGUACGACGUGCCGUGCAAGGUAUGCCGGGAUCACAGCUCGGGCAAGCACUACGGUAUCUACGCGUGUGACGGGUGCGCCGGGUUCUUCAAGCGGUCGAUCCGCCGCAGCCGCCAGUACGUGUGCAAGUCGAAGUCGGACGGGCCGUGCGUGGUGGACAAGACGCACCGGAACCAGUGCCGGGCGUGCCGGCUGAAGAAGUGCUUCGAGGUCGGCAUGAACAAGGACGCGGUGCAGCACGAGCGCGGCCCGCGCAACUCGACGCUCCGCAAGCAGAUGGCGCUGUUCAUCUCGAAGGACUCGCCGCUGCGCCACGACAUGAUGCUGACGCCCGGGUUGCCGCUGCCGCCGCACCACCAUCACCAUCACCACCAGCAUCACCAUCACCUGCAGCAGGCGCAGCAGCAGCACCAUCACCAUCAGCUCCAGCAGCAGCACCAGCAUCUGACGCACGGCCACGGUCUGGACCUGUCGGUUCCCGGGCGCAAUCCGUUCCUGACGCCGCCCCCGUCGACCGGCCCGAGCGGCUCGAGCGGCGCACCCUUCGCCCAUCACCUGCCGCCGGUCGCGGUGCCGUCGCUGUUCGCGGCGGCGGCGGCAGCGGCCACCCAUCCGCUGGUCGCGGUCGACGCGAUCCGGGAGUCGGCCGCCCAGCUGCUGUUCAUGAACGUGAACUUCCUGAAGAACCUGACGCCGUUCGUGCAGCUCCCGAUGGCCGACCAGCUGGUGCUGUUCGAGGAGUCGUGGCGCGAGUUCUUCAUCCUCGCCGUCGCGCAGUACCUGGCGCCGGUGAACUUUGGCCAGCUGCUGCUCGCCUACGAGUACCUGCACCGCGGCGAUCCGGCCACCGUCCCGCUCGCCGCCGACUGCCUGCUGAAGGAGGUCGACAUCUUCCAGGAGAUCCUGGCGCAGCUGGCGGCGCUGCGCGUCGACGCCAACGAGUACGUGUAUCUGCGCGCGAUCGUGCUGUACAAGAGCGAGUUCGAGCUCGGCGAGACCAGCAUCUCGAGCGUCAGCUCCGACGGCUCCGACCUCACCACCGCCUCCUCCACCGCCGGCUCCGGCUCGUCCGGCAAGUCGCUCGGCGAGGUGGCGACGGUGCGGGCGCUCGAGGAGAGCGCCAAGGAGGCACUGGCCGCCUACAUCAGCACCUGCCGCCCCGGGCCCUCCAACCGCUACCGGGCGCUGCUCCAGCUCCUGCCGCUCCUCCGCAGCGUCUCCAGCUACACCAUCGAGGAGCUGUUCUUCCGGCGCAACAUCGGACCGGCCCCGCUGCUCAAGCUGCUGCUCGACUUCUAUCGCCAGAAAUAG